GCAGCGCCUGACGGCGGGGGAGGAGCCGGGUCCACUGCCGGGUGGAGGGGCCAAAAGCGAGUGUCCUUAUCCUAAGCGAUUGGGGCUCGGGCCUUGGGAGCCGGUUGGGAGUCGCGGCGGCGGGAACGAUCGGGGCCGAGCGGAAGUCGACAUGUUGCUCUUCGUUGAGCAGGUAACAUCUAAAGGGACUGGGUUGAAUCCUAAUGCCAAAGUAUGGCAAGAAAUUCCUCCUGGAAAUUCUGCGGCCACUCCUGGAACUGAAAGCUCUUGGCAUGAAACAGCAACAGCUGCCACAUCAGGAUCUCAUCCUGAGUGUAAUGCAGAACUUUCAGAAGAUAUGUGUAAGGAAUAUGAAGUAAUGUAUUCACCAUCGUGUGAAACCACAAGAAAUACUACAAACAUUGAAGAAUCAACUGAUGGCAUAAUUUUAGGACCCGAAGAUUUGAGUUACCAAAUAUACGAUGUUUCUGGAGAAAGCAGUACAGCAAUUUCUACAGAAGAUUUAAAAGAAUGUCUGAAAAAGCAGUUAGAGUUCUGUUUCUCAAGAGAAAACUUAUCAAAGGAUCUUUACUUGAUAUCUCAAAUGGAUAGUGAUCAGUUCGUCCCAAUUUGGACAGUUGCCAACAUGGAAGAAAUAAAAAAGUUGACCACAGAUCCUGAUCUAAUUCUUGAAGUCUUAAGAUCUUCUCCUAUGGUACAAGUUGAUGAGAAGGGUGAGAAAGUGAGACCAAGUCAUAAACGUUGUAUUGUAAUUCUCAGAGAGAUUCCUGAAACAACUCCAGUAGAGGAAGUGAAAGCUUUGUUUAAAAAUGAAAAUUGCCCCAAAGUGAUAAGCUGUGAGUUUGCUCACAAUAGCAAUUGGUAUAUCACGUUCCAGUCAGACACAGAUGCACAGCAGGCGUUUAAAUAUUUAAGAGAAGAAGUUAAAACAUUUCAGGGCAAGCCAAUCAUGGCAAGGAUAAAAGCCAUCAAUACAUUUUUUGCUAAAAAUGGUUAUCGAUUAAUGGAUUCUAGUAUGUAUACUCAGCCCAUUCAUACUCAAGCCCAGUAUCCCUCUCCAGUCUUUAUGCAUCCUGUGUAUAACCCUCACCAACAGUACUCAGUCUAUAGCAUUGUGCCUCAGUCAUGGUCUCCAAGUCCAGCACCUUACUUUGAAACACCACUGGCUCCCUUUCCCAAUGGUAGUUUUGUGAAUGGCUUUAACUCACCAGGAUCUUACAAAACAAAUGCUGCUGCUAUGAAUAUGGGUCGACCAUUCCAAAAAAAUCGUGUGAAACCUCAGUUUAGGUCAUCCAGUGGUUCAGAACACUCAACAGAAGGGUCUGUGUCAUUGGGGGAUGGACCAUUGAACAGAUCUAGUUCAAGGAAUUUUCUACCUGAACGGCAUAACCCUAUAGUAACAGGGCAUCAAGAACAAACUUAUCUUCCAAAGGAUGCUCCUGUUUUACCGGUGGAACAGAAUGGGGACUAUGGUAGAGGCAGGAGAACUCUUUUCAGAGGUCGAAGGCGAAGAGAAGAUGAAAGGACCCCAAGACCCCAUCCUCCAGCAGUUGAAGCUAAGCCCCCAACACCAAAGUUUGACUUGCUAGCUUCUAAUUUUCCUCCUUUACCUGGAAGUUCAUCAAGGAUGCCAGGUGAACUCGCUUUGGACAACAGGAUGUCUGAUGUCGUUAAAGGUGUCUUCAAAGAAAAGGACAAUGAAGACUUGGGAAUUAGUUGUCCAGUGCCUGCUGAGGAUGGACAGACAGACUGCCCUUCUGCCCAACAACUCAGUCUGAGUACUAGUCCUCCAUGUGCAGCCGAGCUUCCUGUAUUAAGCACAACUCAGCAAGAAAAGGAUCUAAUAGAGGAUGCCACUGUUCAGAAGGAUAUUCUCAAUCAGAUGUCCUUACCAGUUUCUUCUCCAAGUACUGCAAAGCCAUCAAGGGAAAACACUGCUUCACCAUGUAAUAGUAACAUAAAUGUACCCAUAGCUGGGGCCCUACAGGAACCCCGGAAGUUAAGUUAUGCUGAAGUGUGCCAGAAGCCCCCUAAAGAGCCAUCUCCAGUUGUACAGCCACUACGGGAACUUCGCUCCAAUGUGGUGUCUCCCAUCAAAAAUGAAGAGAAUGGAGCUUCUGAGAAGUCUGUUGAGAAAAUGGAAGCAAGGGCUAGCAAAGAUUAUGCCGGCUUCCGAGGCAAUACUAUUCCCAGGGGAGCAGCUGGAAAAAUCAGGGAACAGAGACGCCAGUUUAGCCAUAGGGCUAUACCUCAGGGAGUGACUCGACGGAACGGCAAAGAGCAAUCUGUGCCCCCCAGAUCACCAAAGUAAAAAGAAAACACCCACGAAAACUAUUCACAAACUUCUUUCUUCCCAUUCAACUUGAGCCGUGGCCAUACUGAACUGUUUUGGAGGGGAGGAGCUAGCCAGAAAGGAAAUGGAAAGUAUGUCCUUAAAUCAUUAUGGAUUUUGGAAUUGUGAGGAGUAGGAUCCCAAAAUUCAUUUCUAAAGUGAUUUUAAAAUGCUGGAGGAUUCCAAUCAGUAUAAAUAUAUAUAAAUAUAUACACACAUAUAUAUAUAUAAAUAUAAUUUUUCUAUUUUUGUUUUUGAUUUUAAUUUGCAGAGAAUUUCUGCCUGGAAUCAAUUUUAAGGGUUCAGAUUUAGCUUGAGAGGAAACAAAACAAAACAUUAUACAUCCUUCAGUAUAGGAGAUGGGGGAGUAAGAGAAAAUAUUUUUUGAAGAAACAUUUCUGUAAAAAUUAGAAAUUACUUUUUUUAAUCUAUUUAAAGUUUGGCUUGGAGAAUGCCAUCUCUGACUUAAUGGCCUUUUGUUGCAAAGCAGAUCGGUGGCUGGGGUGUCUGGUGUGGAUAUGAGUGUGUGCAAGAGUGAUUUAAGCCAAAUCUGUUGUCAUGUUAGUAAAUGAUUUGAAAACUGAAUGUAAUACUUGAGUAGAUGUUUUUUCUAGUUUGCAAUUAGUUUUGUCUUUUUGAUCUUACUAAUAUUGUAUUCACCAGGCUAUUACACUCUGAUUGUACUUGGAGAUGUGACUACCAAUCAAUUUGAUACUCAACUGAAGAAUGGAGGUUAUUCAGAUGAUUGAAAACUUUGUCUUAGGCUUGAGCAGUGGAUAGGCCAAAUGGAUUUCAGAAGUUUAAACUGCCUUGUGACUUGUUAUUCCCCCAGAGAAACAAAAAUUUUUGUUACUCAUUUGUUAUUCUCUGUUCCUUGACUACCCACCACCCAAAGCUAUUAAAAUAACAGACUGCCUGCUGAAUUGUAUGUUUCUCACUGCUUUGACAAGUUGGUCAAAUCAUAUCAUUUAAAUUUCAUAAUUUAAUUUUGAAGAAUUGUAUUUUCAGUUAACAAUUAAGUGUUUUAGGUCCUAAGAUGGUAGGGCAGACUGACCUGCCAGUCAUUUAUUUGUGUUAGUGUUAACUGUGAAACAACGUAACUGGCUUUGUAAAGUAUAAGAGUACAAAAGUAAGGGAAAAAGAUUUAAGGACUAAUUGGGAAAACUUUUUCUGUUCUUGUUGUUUAUCAUCUUCCCUCUCCUCAAAAAAAAAAAAAAAAAAGUAUACAAUUUUAAUUUA